UUUCUGGCUGAAUUUAAGUCGCACAUCCUGCUGUAUGGCGCUUUAUAUUUAAUUUCUGAUUAGCAUAGCUUUAAAGCAUCGGGAUCUUAUUUGAUACAGCUCGUGUAGGUCUAGCCGACUCUAGCGUAUAAGUUUAAUAUUAAUAUCGAGAGGUUAAACACUAUUAUACGUGAAAUUUAUAUUCAUCUGACAGAAAAGUUGUGGUUUCACCCAUCCUCUAAGUUCAAAUAAAAUACUAUUAUUUGAAGCAAUGACUAUUCCGUUGUACCGACGCUUCGCUCUUGGUUUAAAGAGAAUUUUGAAACUGCAAAAAGCCGGCCCUCCUUUUUCGCAUGUGUGUCAAGUUGGAGACCCUGUCCUGAGAUCUAAAUCUGCAGAAAUUCCUGUUGAAGAUAUUCGCGAUCCUUUCAUCGUGCAUGUCAUCAGUUGCAUGAAGAAAGUGAUGCGCGACUACCACAUCGUCGGUCUCUCUGCGUGUCAAAUAGGACUGCCUCUUAGGAUCAUCGCUGUUCAGCUACCGAAAAACAGAGAACAGGACGCAGUUUUCGAUACCUUACCCGUCUCAGCGCUGACCCCUACAGUGAUCAUAAACCCGACCCUGCGGAUCACCGGCCCCGAGAAGUUGCUGAGGUCGGAACAAUGCGCCAGCAUCAAAGGGUUCAGUGGCGUCGUGGCGCGUUACGCUGCCGUCACCGUGGCAGGAUACGGCGAGAGAGGCCAGGAGGUGCGGGUGGAGGGCUCAGGGCUGCUGGCGCGAGUCCUGCAACACGAGAUGGACCACAUUGACGGCAAGCUUUACAUCGAUUCUAUGGACACCAGGACUUUCCAUAAUGACGGCUGGCAUACGAUCAACCAGCACCAUGGCGCUGUCUCCAUCCAUUACCUCCCUGAAGAGCGGAAAUGAUGAUAGUGUUGGUAUUUAACAACCAGCACCAUGGUGCUGUCUCCAUCCAUUACCUCCCUGAAGAACGGAAAUGAUGAUAGUGUUGGUAUUUAACAACCUGUACCACGGUGCUGUCUCCAUCCAUUACCUCCCUGAAGAACAGAAAUGAUGAUAGUGUUGGUAUUUAACAACCAGCACCAUAGUGCUGUCUCCAUCCAUUACCUCCCUGAAGAACAGAAAUGA